AUGUGCCUCUGCGGUGGUGACAAAUUCUUCGGUUGUUUGGCCAGAGCAAUGUACAUGACGCAAAAAGUAGCCUUGUGUUUGGCAGCAGUAGCGGUUGUGACAUGUCUGGUAACAUCAAUGGUGAUUGCCGGAGGAGUAGGCGUCGGCCUGGGCUACCACUAUUGCGUCGUUGAGGCCAAAACUUAUCAACUCGAUAUACAAACUUUCCGUCGCGCAUAUAACAAAAAGCCCGAUAUCCUAAAAAGGUCCCAGAACCUAACAGAUGUACGAGCUGAAAUAGAAAGUGAUGGUUCAAAUGGUGAAGACUUCCCCCUGGCACCUUUCGAUGAUUCAGAUGGACAGACAAGCGAAGAACAGCGAGAAGGGGGAGAAAGGAGCGAAGGAGUUUCAUAUGGUGAUGGAGACUCUACUCCUAAUGAUCGUGAUGGAAAUGCAGGGAGAGAAGUAGAAGAAGAGAGACAUCCACCUGUAGGUGGAGGUUCUACUGAUGAUGUAGAACCUUCUGCAGUUCAUCUACUUUAUAAAAAUCUAGAUGAUGACGGAGACGUUGCGGAAAGGGAAGAAGAAAGAAAAAAAGGAGGGAUAGGUAGAGGGAGAAACAUUACGGGAGAUACAAGAGCCUCAUCUCCCCCUUCUUCACCUUCUAAUGGUCUAGAAAGACAUGGUCAAGAAGGACGAGACCCCCGUGCGCGGCAUGGGCUACUACUGGCCAAACAACACUCGCCCGCCGCCGACGAUUCCAUCGUCGAAAUCAUCAGCCGCGAUGGCGCCGCACGCGAUUCAGAGCAGUUGUCUGUCGAGGUCGCAAUCCGGUUGUUUCGAGAGGAGUUGCAGGAGAUCCGGAGAGAGAUCCGUGAGUUCCGGGGCGAGUUUCUCGAACUUCGGGCCUCAUUGCCGCCGAUGACCGCGAGGAUGGACGACAUCGACCGCCGGCUGGACAACGUCGAGGAAAGAAUGGCUACCAAUGUCAACGUCAGUGCCGUAAAGGUGUUGGAGGAAGCGGUGGCCAAUCUUCAGCUCGAGUUGCACAACAGAGACCAAGAGCGUCUCGACAACGAUGUGCUGAUUACGAACGUCGUUGAGGGAGCCGGUGAAAGUGUGUUGCACAUCGUCGCGACGAUCGGUACCAAGCUCGGUGUGAAGCUGGACGAGCGGGACAUCGUCUGCGCUGAGCGUCUGGGUGUGCGGCGUGAGGGCGGCCAAGAUCCAUAG